CUACAUUUCUUCGUCCCAGAUCCAAGAGAAGGAAAGGCAGCCUUUUAUAGAGAGAAAGGAAACUAGGUACUGGGUAGAGACUAGACCAGAGUAAACUCAACCAGAAGCAUAGAAUAAAAAAUAAAAACACCAAACCCCUCCUUCUUUCCUCACCAAGCAAACAAUCCCUUCUCUUCGGAUUCCUUCCAACCCAUAAAUUUCUACCACUUCUCCUUCUCCUCUUUCCAAUUUAGAAACUUAUAUUAAAAACACGACUGUGAAAAUUAAUCAAAAUCAAAGAAGAUGGCCAGACCUAAUCAAGAAGCAAUCGACACAUUCAUCAGCAUCACAGGCGUCGCCGAAGAUGCAGCGGUGCUAAAACUCGAGGAGCAUGGUGGUGACCUCAAUGCAGCUGUCAAUGCGCAUUUCAGUGAAGGAGACAGAAGCGCCAUAAGACGACCUUCUAUUCAUGCUCCUCAAGAUGAUCUCAUGGAUAUAGAUGGUGAUCCAAUUGAAGUUGCACCACCUCCUAGAAGAAAUCCUCAACCACUUCUAUCUGAGAGUGUUGCUAUGAAUCGAUUCCCACUUCUUGAUCCACGUUUUCAAAGAGGUGUACUUGGUACUGGUUCUGAUUUUACGAAUCAGGCACCAUUUGUUUCUCAACCAAGAGAAGUAAGGGAGAUACCUAUAGAGGUCAAGGAUGGUAGUGAAGCAUCUGGCCAUUCUGGUCAUGCUCCAAUCAUUGAAGAUGUAACUGGAACUGAACAUGCACAAGGUCCUGAUAUUCAGGGAACCGUCAUAAUUGAGGAUGAUGACAAUGAUGAUAUUUCGACUUACUUAAAUGCACGGGCUACCCAACGGGAUAGUUCUCGUGCGGGGCAUCUUAGACCUAGUGCUCCUGAAUUUGAUAACUUGCCUUACUAUAGCAAUGACAUAGAAGAAGAAAUGGUUCGAGCUGCCAUUGAGGCUUCAAAAAGAGAGGUUCAGGAGUUAACUGAAACUGGACCUCAGCAAAGGCAACCUCAGGUGGAGGAUGCUGAACUUGAACAUGUGGUUUCAUUAUCCUUAAGGGCAGCAUUGCAAGAGAAAGCUUUGCGUGAGCAGAGGGGGAAAGCUUUGCGUGAGCAAGAGAAAGCUUCAGAAGUAGGAAGUGAUGCUGUUGAGGCAGAGAAGGGGGGAAUAGCUUUAUUAAAUGGAAGGCCGGAGGCAGGAAGCUCAUCCAUACACGAUGAAGCAGAAGAUGUGGAAGAGCAGCCUCUCAUUAGGCAUAGAUCUAGACAAACAUCUUCUGGCUCUAUGGAAUCUGCUAGAGAAGCUGGAGUUGUGGAGGCUAGCCCGCCAUCAAGUCCUGGACGGAGUAAUAUAGGAAGUCAUCCCCUGCACAAUGUAGAUGCCUUUUCAGAUGAGUGGGGAGGCAUCUCUUCUGAGGAGCAUGAUGAAGCAGUCAUGCUUGAGGCUGCAAUGUUUGGUGGAAUUCCUGAAGGGACUGGAUAUCGCCUUCCAUAUGCACCUCAUCAUUUUAUGCAAAAUGAGAAUAAUUAUCCUCGACCAGUUCCUCGUCCUCCAUCACCUUCUUUACAAGCUCAGCGCAUUAUCCGCGAACAACAGGACGAUGAGUAUCUUGCGUCAUUGGCAGCCGACAGAGAAAAAGAGAUGAAGGCCAUUGAGGAAGCUGAAGCUCAUCGUUUACAAGAAGAAGUGGCUAGGAAAGCUGCUCUCGAAGAAGAAAGGAGAAAAGAGGAAGAAUCUCGUAGACAAUUGGAGGAAGCGCAGGAGUUUGAGAGACUGUUGGCAGAAAAAGAAGCUUCUCUGCCUCAUGAACCUGCAUCUGAUGAUGAAAAUGCUGUAACGCUUUUGGUGCGGAUGCCUGACGGCAGCCGACGUGGCCGUCGAUUUCUCAAGUCUGACAACUUACAGGCUUUCUUCGAUUUCAUAGAUAUUGGCAGAGUGGUCAAGCCUGGCACUUACAGACUGGUGAGGCCAUACCCAAGGCGUGCUUUCAGUGAUGGAGAGAGUGCAUUGACUCUCAAUGAACUUGGCCUGGCCAGCAAACAGGAAGCCUUGUUUCUAGAGUCGAUCUAAGAAUGAACAUCUUACAAAUUGUAGAAAGAUACUUGGAAGUUUUAAAUUUGUUUGCAAGAAAAAUGAAUGAAUACGGGUCGAUGAAAAUUGUAUGGACAUCUGGGGGGGGGGGGGGGGUGGGUUUACUCAGAUCCAAACUGUAUGGACAUAUUUCAUGGAAUUUGGGUCGAUGAAAACGUUCAACCUGGCUCAACAGGCCGCUUGUUUGUGGUUGCAAUUUGUUGUUUUGGGUCUUGAAAAUGAUUCAGCAUCGGAGGAAAUGUUUUUGUAUAUAUUAUUUAUAUUGGAUGGAUAGAACCUCGUUCUA